UUUUCUUUUAAAGACAAUAUUACACUUGAUUGAACGUGAUGUUGCAGCACUGCAGAACGAAAACAUUGAAAGCAAACAUCUGACAAAGAAAACAAACAUACAAAUGUUUUGUACAAAACAAACAUAAAGAAUACAUUCGCUAAAGUGUUGUUUUAACCAACGUGUUACUGUCUUCAAGCAUCACACAUAAACGACUGUGCGAACAAUGAAGCUGUUAUCUUGUAAGCUUCGUUGACAUCUAGCGGCUGAGCGUGAGGGUUUCCUCGCAUGAUUUUUAUUCUUAUCCCAUGAUUUAAUAACGACAACAUGAAAUGAGUGCACCUUUUAGCGUUUGAUAAAUAUACCUACUCAUCUUGCGACACUACUUUGUCAUCUUAAAUUGCCUACCAAUUAAUCUAUAAUGUGUUUGUUUUUGCCAUGAAUCCUAAACAAGCGCGAUGACUAGCAGCGGAGCAAUGCUAUGCGCUGCUCGAUUCGUACCCAAUCCGAUAACAGGCAUUUGUGACUGGCAUUUAAACUAUCCAAUUAAAUCCUGUUCCCUGGUAGGGCUGGUUUAACAACCGUGGUUCUUUGGGCUCUCGUUUCACAGAGUGGUUUUGAGUGCACGGAACGAAAACGUUUUUAAAGAAUUUUAUUUUAUUGUGUCACGUCCAAUGUUUGAAGAUCGUCUACCUAAAUGAGUGAGAUGGAUGUUAGUGACAAUCCGCCAUCACCCCAAGAGACUCUCGGGGGAAAAAAUGGAACCCCAAAACAUCCCAACCCGCCUGUUCCCUCAACCAAAUCCAUUCCAGACACUGAGCUCUCUGGGUCGGAUGGUUCUCCCGUCUCCAGCUCUGGCAGCCCAAACCGCCUGCCUAAAUCCACCCCCUCUUUAACUCAAGAUACUAAAUCCAAUGUUAAAAUCUCUAAUGUUCCCUCUAAACCAACACCACAGAACCCCAAAGCACCUAAAUUUACCCCUGCAUCACAUUUCUCUAAAACUACUCCAACUAUGACAGAAUCAAAAUUAACAACAUCACAAACAGGCUUUUCUUCUCCACCGGUAUCCCAACCAACAAAAUUAUCUUUUAAUGACACAUCAACUCCAAACAUCACAGUUUCCCCUGAUCCAGACCCAUCUACAGCUCUCACCGGGGCGGGCUCUGGUAAGCUCCCCCAUCAACGAAGCUUUUUGGCUGCGGCCAAGCAGGUGAUUAUGCAGGAGAAGAUAAAAAAAGCAGAGGAGCAGGCCAAAGCGGAAGAGUGUGAUGAUACUUAUGAAGAUUUGCCCUUUGAAGAGUUACUGGAGAAAGCCAAGGCUGGAGACCCCAAAGCGCAGAGUAGACUUGGAAAAUAUUACCUUAAACUGGCAGAAGAAAAAGACCCAGAGACGAAUAACCGUACAGCUGUUCAAUGGCUAGUAAAGGCGGCUAAACAAGGUCGGAGGGAUGCAGCCACACUACUGCAGAAGUGCUGGAUGCAAAAGAAGGGCAUUACAGAGGAGAAUGCACAGGAGGUGAGAAGUCUGUCGUCUGAGAGUAAGCUUGAACAGGCAGUGAGGCGGGCAGCCAUGAUGAUGUACUGGAAACUUAAUCCUGACAGGAAGAAGAAAGUAGCCAUGUCUGAGAUGCUGGAUAACGUCAGACAGGUCAAUGCCAUGCCAGGUGAGCCUGCUGUGUGUGGUGCAGUACCAAGUGUACAAACUCAGAGGAAAAUCCUGGAGACCAUGGUGUCUAAUGAAUCUGGCUCCAAGUAUGUGGAUGUGGAAGAUUUUGUGGAGAUGACCAAAAAGUUCACAGAAAGCAUUGUGUGCACGCCCACACUCAGCACCUUGAGCGUAGAUGCAAACAAGGAGAAAACUGUUUUACAGAAAAGUCCUGCUGAUGCUGCCACAUUUGAGAAGGGAAAAGAUGAAUUGGCCCCUGCCGUUCAUAAGCGUCAUCGGAAGGCCAGUUGGGGAAUGGGGAGCAGCGGCAUGAUACUUGCAACCAGACGCAGUGGUGCAAUGAAGAGAGCUCUGGACAUCAAAGCUCACUUCUUGGGUUUGCAGUAUCCACUCCACUUCAUUAUUGAGAUGAAAGAGCAUUUAAUCGAUUGGGCAUCUCGCGCUGGAGUCCAGUGGCUUAGCACCAUUAUCCCAACCCAACAUGUCAACGCCCUCAUCUUCUUCUUCAUCAUCUCCAAUCUAACCAUUGAUCUGUUUGACUUCGCCAUCCCGCUACUCAUCUUCUACCUUUCCUUUAUCUCCAUGGCCAUCUGCACGCUAAGAAUCUUUCAAAGCAGCAAAGGCUGGGAGAACUUCCGUGCCUUCACCGCACUCCUCACAAGCUUUGAACCCAGCCUGGAUGUGGAGCAAGCGGAGACCAACUUUGGCUGGAACAACAUGGAACAGUAUCUUUAUUUCAUGAUAUCAGUGUUCUUUGUGAUCUUCACUUUCCCAGUAGCAGAUAAAGGUUGGAUUCCAUGCUCAGAGCUCUCCACGGUGGCCAUCUUCUUUACCGUGCUGAGUUACAUGAGCCUGAGCCCAUCUGCUGCGGCAUAUGCACGGAGAGCAUUGUUCAUUGAGGUGGCGUCAUCUCUAUGCAUCCUAACCAGCAGGUUGCCCAAAGAGAUGGUAAUAUCCAGGAUGGGGCGUACGUUUACAUCCUUUCCUCUGGGAGAAUCCGUUGUGCUGGAGCUCAGUGUACCCUGUGUGCUCUACAUCUACCUGAUGUACCUGUUCUUCAGUAUGGCACGUAUGAGGGGAUUCAAAGGAACGUACUGUUUCCUGGUGCCGUACCUGGUCUGCUUCGUAUGGUGCGAGUUCUCUGUGAUUCUGCUCCAGAACUCCACCACCAUCGGUCUCAUCCGUACCUGUGUGGCCUACUUCCUCUUCCUGUUCGCCUUGCCCGUCCUGGCUAUGGGUCUGUUAGCAAUGCUUUUGAUUCAAAUGGUUAAAUGGUUUGUGGAACUGGAGUUAACCAAAAUGCUGGUUACCCUGGCCGUGUGCGCUGUGCCUGUAACCCUGCGACUCUGGACCCGAUUCAGCCUCUCCAUUCUCAAUGUCUUUCGCUCCAUCACCCACAGAGGCCCCGUGAAACUGAUUCUCUUGUGCAUCUCUACUGUUAUUUUACUCAGCGGCGUCUAUAUCUACAAUGCCGAAGGUCUGAAGGUCUACAACUCCACACUCACCUGGCAGCAGUACGGUAUGCUAUGCGGCCCCCAUGCCUGGCAGGAUUGUGGCAUGGCCCAAACUCAGCUCCUCUGCGGCCAUCUAGAAGGUCACCGGGUCACCUGGAAAGGAAUAUUUCGCCGUGUGCGUGUAGCCGAGACAGAAAACGGAGCUCAGUCAGUUAUAAACAUGCUACCUGUGUUCAUGGGAGACUGGUUGAGGUGUCUCUAUGGUGAGGUUUACCCAAAGUGCGAACCACGGAACAGUACGUCUCAGGUUGUGAAUGUAACGGAAGGCGUCUUGGCACCUGUCAACACCACAUUCUUGUUUCUCCAGCAGGAAGAAGAGGAGCUCUGUAGAAUAAAAACAUUUGCUAAACAUCAGUGUCAUGUAAAACGCUUUGACAGUUACCGGUUUGAAGUUACCAUUGGCAAGCCGGUGGACGGGGUGACGGAACUCGACGAUCCAGCAGGCGACAUCAUCCUGAUGGCGAGCCAUGAGUUUAAACAGGUGCUCCUGAAUCUCGACCCAGGCAGUCUGGUGGAAUUCGGCACAAAGCUUGAGGGGAAGUUAGGUGCAAAGCUACCUGCUUUUGAGCUGAAAGCUAUACACUGUCUAGACUGCAGCUCGUCACUGGUGCCUGAAGGACGACAGGUCAAGAUUGAGCGCAACUGGAGAAAGACGAUGCUUAAAGCCAUCAAAUUUGCAUUUGACUUUUUCUUUGCACCGUUCCUUUAUGCUAGGAUCAAUGUGUGAAGGAGAACAAGAAAAUUGGAAACAAUAUGGAUUUCAAUGCAUUUAUAAGAAAAAAGCUUCAGCUUCCUAAUGAUCAAAGGAAGAAAAUAGUUUUUUUUACAUUUCUCUAAAGAUUGAUUGCUAAGUCUUUAUAAAUAUUGCAAGGAUGUGAUGGUCAGGUAGUGUUUUGUUGCAAAUGGAAAAUAAUAUAAAUGUGAGAGUGUUGUUUAUUAGGGAUGUAACAAUAUUAUUGAUAUUGUGUUAUCGCAAUAGCAAAAUUGUCUCAAAAUGAUCGUGGUCACAUGACUGUAUAAAAUGAUAGGACUUCUAGGCCUAGAAAAAAUAAUAGACAUUACCUUUGGCAAGGUCCAUCUGGUGCAAUUAUUUUAUUUUAUAAAAGGGAUUUUUAGGUCAUUUGACCCAUCUCAUACUAUAACUCAUACCUCUAAGCAACAUUUAUCAUUAGAGGAUAAAGAAAAGAGGAUGCUUGUGGCACAUUUCCAAGUCAUCAUUUGUCAUUCUAAAUAUUGCAAUAAAUACCGUACCGUGGACUUUAUACCGAGACAUUAUUGUACAGUGAGAUUUUGAGAUUGUUACAUCCCUAUUGUUUAUCAAUUGUGCAUGCUUUAGGUUGUCAUCAAUGGGUAAUACUUUCAAUAAUUUAUCAAAUUUAUAUAAUGAUAAACAGAUCAACAUUUCAUUUUAAUAUUUGUUUCAUAAAAUAUGGACAGUUCCCCCACAAACCCUCAGGUUGUUUCAAACCUGUAUACAUUUCUUUGUUCCGAUGAACACAGUUAGCAAUUUUCAGUUCUAGGACAUCAUCCACUACCAUAAUAGGAAAAAAAUAUUGUUUUUGUUUUGUUGAACACAAAAUAUGAUAUUUUGCAGAAGUUAGGAAAACCGUUCUGGGGGACAUUUAACUACCAUUUAAUUUUUCCUACUAUGGUAGUCAAUGAUGUCCCGGAACUGAAAAUGACUAACAUUCUUCCUAAUAUAUUUCUGUGUUCAUCAGAACAACUUUAAUUUAUACAGGUGUGAAAUUACAUGAGGGUGAGUAAAUUAUGACAGAAUUUUCGUUUUUGGGUGAACUAUCCCUUUAAAUUGGUUUAAGAUUAAUGAUUUGUAAAAAAAUAUUACAAUACAGAUUUUCCCUUGAAUUCAAAUGUAAGUAUUUUCAGAUGCGCUCAUUCCAUAAAUGACCCUUAUUUUCUAAAAGGUUCAAUUCAAAUGAGCAUUCUAGUAUGUUUAGUGUGUAGUGGAUAUUUUGAAAGCAUAUACAGAUGUGUUUUAAAGUAAAUUAUAUUUGAUAUCUUUUUUAAUUUUUCAAAAUAUAUUUUUUCCCCCAAAAAAUUCAGACACACCUUUUCAAUCCAAAUGAUGAACCAUGGGAUGAUGAUGAUUGUUAGAUGAUCUUAAUUAUUGGGUUAAUUAUUUUAACGACAUGUUAUUAUCUGAAUGUACAUGCCAAAGAACAGUGAUAACCUUCAAUGUUGUCACGGUUUGUGAUGUAAAAAUGUUUUGUCAAUGGGGUGUGAAACCUGUUUACAUUAUCUCAAAGUGCACUUUGAACACUGCUGAUCCCUGCAACUGUUUUUAUUUGUGUAAAACGAAUUGUCUUCAAAACUAAAUGAAGUGCCUUCAAAAUUAAAGAAAUUCAAAAUUACUUUGGUGUCCACUGCAACUUAAACUAGCCAAGAACCGCCAACUGACAUGUAAAGCAUUGUUUUGUUUUUAGGUGCAGUGU